AUGUCACUUCCAAGGGAAUUUAGUGAAGAGACAAAAAAUCUUCUUGCAGUAUGGCGUGAUAUCAUUCUUGAAAAACAUAAAGAUGAUGAUGAUGAAAUUUUUUGUAGUGAUCCAUUAUUGAUUAUUGAAUACCAUCAACCGGGUCUUGUCAGCAGAAACAUCACAGAAAAUCAUGUUGCUCAAGGUACUCCCGGCUAUACUCCUAACCCAUUUCCCAAUGUUACACAUCCUCCGCAAUCGAAUUCAGUCUUCGCAUUUAAUAGAAUGCAAACAAUGGAUGAUGCCGUUGCACGAUUACUUAGAAGUUAUAGUAACCUUGUGUCAGGACGACCAGACCCUGUUGUCGGACGA